GAACAAUCUUCGUCAACUCCACGGGUACUAACCGCAGCACAUUCGAAGUAAGUCGCUGCCGUUGCUUCGCGAGCUGCAAAUACUGACUUUAUCCAGAUGGCUCGCUUCCAGGAAUACCAGGUCAUCGGCCGUCACCUCCCCAGCGAGGCCAACCCCACCCCCAAGAUCUACCGCAUGCGCAUAUUUGCGCCCAACGAUGUCGUUGCCAAGUCGCGGUUCUGGUACUUCCUCGGAAAGCUCCGCAAGAUCAAGAAGGCGAACGGCGAGAUCAUCUCCCUGAACCAGAUCACCGAGAAGCGCCCCCAGAAGGUCAAGAACUUCGGCAUCUGGAUCCGCUACGACUCGCGCUCCGGUACCCACAACAUGUACAAGGAGUACCGUGAGAUGUCGCGUGUCGCCGCCGUCGAUGCCCUGUACCAGGAUAUGGCCGCCCGUCACCGAUCCCGCUUCAGGUCGGUUCAGAUCCUCAAGGUUGUCGAGAUCGAGAAGACCGACGACAUCCGCCGCCCGUACAUCAAGCAGCUCCUUGUCAAGGGCCUCAAGUUCCCUCUGCCCCACCGCAUCAACAAGAAGGCUGGCAAGAAGGUCUUCGCUGCCAAGCGUCCCUCCACUUUCUUCUAAGCGUGUUUCUCUUUCCGGAGUGCGGUCUGGCUGGGCAGGGACACUGGGUUCCCGCGGUUAUGCAUGCUUCGCAAAAGAAGCACACUAGGAACGAAUGAAAAUCCCUGAUACCUCCAUCGAUCUAUCGAGUCGUGUGAUGCCAGCCAGGGUGUUGGAUUGCAGCUUUGGCGCCGGGACAUGGACUCAAGAAUCACAUGUAAUCAGGGACAAUGAAGUUAUGCAAUCGUCAUG